UCCAGCCCCUCCCUCCUCCUCCCCCCUCGCUCCUCCUCCAUCUCGUCUCUCUGCUCUCUCCUCUCUGCAGGAUGGACGUGGUGAAUCAGUUGGUGGCCCAGGGUCAGUUCAGGGUGCUGAAGGUUCCUCUGGGCUUCAUUAAGGCCUUACAAUGGUUUUUCGCCAUCUUUGCCUUCUCCACCUGUGGCAGUUAUUCUGGGAUGUUCCAGAUGGCGGUGGAGUGUAAGAACCGGACAGACAGCGACCUGAGUAUAGAGGUCGAGUUUGAGUAUCCAUUCAGACUCCACCAGGUGUAUUUCGACGCCCCCACCUGUAAGUUCGGGGACACAGAGCGCCUCUUUCUUGUUGGCGACUAUUCCUCCUCGGCCGAGUUCUUCGUCACCAUUGGCGUCUUUGCCUUCCUCUACGCCACGGCGGCUCUCAGCAUCUACGUCUUCUUUUUCGAGAAGUACAAGGAGAACAACAAGGGUCCGCUGAUCGACCUGGGUGUGACCGCAGUAUUUGCCUUCAUGUGGCUCGUGAGUUCGGCGGCCUGGGCUAAAGGUCUGUCUGACGUGAAGACGGCGACUGACCCGAACAAAGUGAUCACGCUGAUCGCUGCCUGCGACGCUGAGGGGAACCAGUGCCGUGAAGUCCACGACCCGGUCAUGUCUGGACUCAACACCUCCGUGGCUUUUGGAUUCAUUAACCUGAUCCUGUGGGUGGGGAACCUCUGGUUCGUCUUUAAGGAGACGGGCAUCAUCGCUCCCUUCAUGCGACCUCCACCUCCGCAGGAGAAACCUGCUGCACCUGAAGCUUACGGCCAGCCGGGGGCGUACGAACAAGACCCGUACGCCAGCAACCAGGGGGGGUACCAACCCGAGUACAGCCAGCAGGGAUACAACCAGCAGGAUCCAGAGUUUGGGCAGGGCUACGGCCAGCAGGGGGCGCCCACCUCCUUCUCUAAUCAGAUGUGAGCGGACAGGAAGCAG